AUGGCAUCCUCCCGAAACCUGGCCUCCAGGAUCUUCUGUUCAUGCUGCCAAGACUCCGAUGACGACUCUUCCACAGACGACUCCUCAAUCCCCAGUCAAAUCCAAGAGCAGCAACGUGGUUUGCAGGCGAAUGAGCUUGACCAACAGAACUCUUCUAGUAAGUACACCAGUACAGCCUCAGGCUUGCCUUUGGGACAACCCCUGAUGCAGUCAGAAAAGGACUCCUGGUCUAGCAGCAGUGAUUUUGAUGAUGUUCCCCAAAGAGGUUUUCAAAAGAGAAACCUAGACCGCUACGCGCAGAAUCAGUGGCCAUUCCAGCCGUGCCUCAUUGGGAGACCCUGA